AUGAUGUCAGACAUUGGGGUCAAUGCUGAUACCACACCAUACAUGGCACCCCCAGGUGAAGAAGGACUGGACCUCAGUUAUGAGGGUGGAGAAUUCAAGGCCUUUGAUGGCCUAUCAGAGCAAGUCACAUCACUAUCUGGUUGUCAUUAUGUAGACCUGCACACUCGUCAUGAUCGUAUUGAGGUUCAGACUGGGCACUGGAACACUCAACUCAGCCGCCUGGUUGAUGUGUAUCUAGACUAUUGGGAUCGCAACCAGGGUGAUGGCAUGCCGAGCAUCCCUGACAGUUUCAUAAUUCCUGAUGUAAACCAUUGCGUGUUGCUUGCUGAUAUUGAACUUGUUGAUCUGUUU